AUUUAUAUUUAAAAAUGAAAAAAAAAAAAAGACGAAGGCUCGAUAGAGAUUUAUCGGGUUGCUGGGUGGGUCUCUUCCUCGGCAGUUACCACCAUCGAAUCGAUCUCUUCUUCUUCCUCCCGAAUCAAUAAAUCUCCCAGAAAUCUCGAGCGCGAGGAACCCCAAUCCUCCGAAUCAUAUAGAAAUAGAAACCGGAGAAGCCUUUAUCGCGGUGGAAGCAGCGGCGGCGAUAGAUGCGAUCGCAGCUAGCGAUUCAGCCAUGAGCGGCUGCGUCGGUCCUUUUCUCGGGCGGAGAAGAACCGAUUUAGAUGGGAUAUAAGCUGCAGAUGAGCUGGAUGCCGAGUCUACUCAGUCAGAAGCGACGUAACGGUCCGCCUCUAGGGUUACGGAACCUCGGCAACACGUGCUACCUCAAUAGCGUCCUCCAAUGCCUCACCUACACUCCUCCUCUCGCCAAUUUUUGCCUCAGUCACAAACACUCCUCUCACUGUGAUUCAUUCGUUGAUGGCGAGAGGAAACGAGAUUGUCCUUUCUGCAUAGUUGAGAAACGGAUAGCGAGGUCUCUCAGCGUCGAUCACGCCAUCGAUGCGCCUAACAAGAUCUCGAGCUGUCUCAAGAUUUUCGCCGAGCAUUUUAAGUUUGGGCGUCAAGAGGACGCUCAUGAGUUUUUGAGGUAUGUGAUCGAUGCGUGCCACAAUACGUCUCUUCGUCUGAAGAAGCUGAGGACGAAGGGCGGCGGCGGCCCUGAGUCUGUUAACGGGAGUAGUAGUAGUAGUACUGAGGUGAAGGAGAUUUUCGGUGGUGCUAUGCAGAGCCAGGUGAAGUGUUUGCCGUGUGGCGCGGAGUCUAAUAAAGCUGAUGAGAUUAUGGAUAUCAGUCUUGAGAUUUCGAAUAGUAGCUCGGUGAAGGAGUCGUUGCAGAAGUUCUUUCAGCCUGAGAUUUUGGAUGGGAACAAUAAGUACAAAUGCGAGAGUUGUAAGAAGUUGGUGACGGCGAGGAAGCAAAUGUCGGUACUCCAAGCACCUAAUAUACUUGUCAUCCAAUUGAAAAGGUUUGAGGGUAUUUAUGGUGGGAAGAUUGAUAAGCCCAUUACAUUUGGUGAGAUUCUGUUUCUCUCCACAUUCAUGAGUAAAUCAAGCAAGGAUCCUCAACCAGAAUACAAGCUUUUUGGGAUAAUUGUGCAUUCUGGAUAUUCUCCUGAAUCUGGACACUAUUAUGCAUAUGUUAAGGAUUCUUUGAACCGAUGGUUUUGCUGCAACGAUGCGUCUGUCACACACUCCACCUUGCAAGAGGUUUUGUCAGAGAAAGCCUACAUACUCUUUUUCAGCCGUAUCAACCAAAGGCCGGCUUCUGCUAAAAAUUUGGUGACAACAUCCAACGGGACUACAUCUCACGAAGUUAAUGGCUCUGAGACACCAAGGCCCAAGAAGUUUAUUGGUCCCCUUAAUAAUGUCAGCAUGCAACAACCACGAGCUGAGCAGUCCUUCAAGAAGGAUAAUAAUAACCUGGCUUCUUCAAAGCCCCAUCAGUUUAUUCGUCCCCUUAAAGAUGCUAACAUGAAACCACGAGAAGAGCAGCCUUUCCACAAGAAGAACGCUGAUUCUCCCCAAGUUGAAAAGGCUCCUCUCAAGCCACAUGCAAAGAUCAGUAUAUCUGUCAACCUUGGUGCUAAAAGGGUAUCUCCUACUGUCAAUGGCAGACUUUCUUUCGACCAAGAUCAGGACUUAGCUCCAGAAGCGGACAAAGAGAAUAUUGGAUCUGGUUCGGCAAAGAGGGUAUACACUUGUUCGGAGAAAAAGUUUGGUACUGAAAAUGGUGGUAAUGGAGUUAAAGAAAACGGCAGUGCACAAGCUAGUAGUAGUAGUAGUAACAAUAAUGAAGUGAGCUUACAUCCACAUGAGCGUAGUAACGGCUCACGCAAUGGGGGUGAUCAUCAUCACAAAGAUAGCUUAUAUUCAUGCAAGAGUAAUGGUUCACAAAAUGGAACUGAUCAGGAGGAAAUUGAGAAGGACGGUGUUAGCAAACCCCAACCCAAAGCCUUGGAGUCUUCAACAAAUGGAGAUGAGCGCUGCAUUUUUCUUAGGAAAGACAAAUCAUCUCGUGAUCAACUUGAAGCAAUCAAAGAGAGCCUGCAGGAAGACGUGUCAUCAUAUUUGCGGUCAUGCGGAUGGUAUGAUGAAGUACACAAAUCGAUGCGCGCCAAGAAGAGAUUGCUUGGAGAGCUAUCAGGGGGAGAUGGUGAAGAUGGUAACGACUUAAAGAGGAGGUUGAUAGCAGAUGUAGAGUCAAGUUUAUCUCAGAUCCCAGAUGAGUUGAAAGCAGAUCUGGUAAACUGUCUCUCGCGAAUUGGCAAGAAGAAAUACUCAUGAAUUUGCUCAACUCUUAAAAGUCUUCUACUUGGUCCAACUACAGUCUUCCUCAGUCCUGAGUGUCAUCACAUACGCACAUAUUGCUUGUUCCAUCCCGUCGGUUGUGAUGCAGCGAGAAGGGAUCGAGAUUUUUCCAGCGAGUGUGAAGUGAAUUUUUGUGACAUUUUUGGAAGAGAGUUAAAAGUAAAUUAACGGUAAAAAGAAAAAAAAAAGAAGCAGCAGAUCUCAUACUUUGUAUAAUAUUGAGCCUUUCUGAACUUUCUCCCCCCCUAUCGAUGAACUUUCACACUUUGCAUACUUUAGUUGCACUGAAAAUUAAUAUAAGAGCGUUCUUGGGUUUA